AAACGUCAGGAGAGAAUGCUUCUGGAACGUGGCCAGACAGCCCGGAAAACAUACAACCACCCUGACGGGAGUGCCAUGGUAUGGGAGUGGGCCUCUGUGGGGAGGGCUUUGUCAGAAGCGGGUGGGGCUGGAUGUGCUUUGGGGUCCCUGGCGGGGGCGGGGCGUGGGCGGGGCGUGUGGGGCGGUGGGCGGGGCGUGUGGGCGGCGGCGGCGGCCAGCGCUGCCCGGGCUGCAAGGAUGGGGCGCCCGCUCGCCCUCGCCCUCGCCGCCGCCGCCGCCGCCCCUGCCGCCCCUGCCCCGCCGCUGCCCCGGCUGCCCCUCGGCCUCGCCCUCCUCCUCCUCCUCCUCGCCCAGGCGGCGCCCCUCCGCGCAGCCUCGGAGCAGCACCCGCAGCCCGCCAACGGCACCGAAGGCCAAGGGGUUCUUUGGAGAGGUGGCCAACUGCAGACCACGGCUAAUGAUGGGGACUCGUUGGGAAAGGAGAGCCGGGCGGUGGCAAAGAACGCCGGCACACUGCACGGGGAGAAUGCCUCGGAGACCUCGCAGGCAUCCGGAGUGAAGGAAUCCCAGCUGAAGCCACCUGCGGUCCGUGGAAGAGUGGGGGACACCCCAGCUGUCGACAGCCCCCCGGGGACAAGCGUCUCGGUGAGGUUCAUGGAGGAAGAGAAGAAUGAGUCAGGCCUUUGUUUGGGCUGCUCGGAGAAUUGGGAGGGCGGUCAAGCGUUGCAGCCUGUGUGGGCCCGGCAGCGGAGACAAGAGGACGGGGAGAAGAGGCCCAUGGAGGCGUUGUCCGGGGCAACCGUCUUCGCCCGGCCGGUGGAGGGACCGGACGCACCGGACACGGCCUGGAAAGAAGUGCCCAGGAUGCCUGCUUCGGACAGCCGAGAGGAAACCGGCAGCGGGGACCAACAUCAACUGAAUCAAGAGGGUGUCGCUGAAGGUGCCCCGGUGCCGACGGACCCCCCGUUUGCCCCCCAGACCAGCUCACCCUCCGGUGACAACAAUGCCGAGGGAGACCUUUUCCUUGGCCCGUUCGGGGAUAAGGCGUCGACCACGUCGACAGCGAAUGGAGGACCCGCCUCGAAAGAUCAAGACUCAGCCCAAAAAGAGGAGCCGUUAGAGUUGUGGCUGGAGACGGCCUCCACCGUGUCACCGUCGGAGGGAACGCAAGGCCACACGGACCUGUCCUGGCCGGACGUGGAGACCCCACCGCCGGCUGCAGUGACCCCCCUGAUCCCCAAGCCCUCACCAGACCCCUUGGCCUCGGAAAUCAUCGACGUUGACUACUACGACCUCUUUGACGGCGGGGAGGGCCUGGCGGGCGCCCCGGGCCCGGAUUCCACCAAGCGGCAGCCGUCGGAGGACAAGGGAAUGUCGUGGUCGCUCCACGACCUCUACGACGACUUCACCCCCUUCGACGAGGCCGACUUCUACCCCACCACGUCCUUCUACACCGAUGGCGACGAGGAGGAGGACCUGGAGGAGCCGGAGGAGGAGGAAGACCUGGAGGAGGAGGACGCAGAGGACGACGGGGAGCAAGACGGGCGAGGAGGGCCGGCCCGGGACCUGGAGGACGAGAACGACAUGCGAGUCCCCACCGCCAAGGCUCCCACCACUGCGGCGCACGACCCGGAGCCCACCGGCCGGCACUUCCUGGUCCCUCCGCUGCAGACUUUCAUCAUCUCGGCUGGGAGCGGCCCUGCGGUCAGUCCCAGGCCGCGUCCGGCCGAAACCGGGAGGGACCUCCACCACGCGGUCGCUGGCAGUAGUAGCGAGAACAGCACCGAAUGCCGCAGCGGCUACCUCCGGCACAACACCACCUGCAAGUCCGUGUGCGACACCUUCCCCAGCUAUUGCCACAACGGAGGGCAGUGCUACCUGGUGGAGAACCUGGGCGCCUUCUGCAGGUGCAACACGCAGGACUACAUCUGGCACAAGGGCAUGCGCUGCGAGUCCAUCAUCACGGACUUCCAGGUGAUGUGCGUGGCGGUGGGCUCGGCCGCGCUGGUGGUCCUGCUCCUCUUCAUGAUGACCGUCUUCUUCGCCAAGAAGCUCUACCUGCUCAAAACGGAGAACAGCAAGCUGCGCAAGACCAAAUACCGCACUCCGUCUGAGCUGCACAACGACAACUUCUCGCUGUCCACCAUUGCGGAGGGCUCCCACCCAAAUGUAAGGAAAUUUUGUGACACCCCGUGUAAUCUCUCCCCUCAUGCCCGUGCAUUGGCUUACUAUGAUAACAUUAUCUGUCAGGACGACCCCGGAGCCCCUCACAAGCUUCCGGCAUUGUCCCCCAUUCUGUAUUUUUGCAUUCUAUUUUUCCUAAUCUAUUCUUCACUCCCUCCUUGCUGAGACCUAAUCUGAUAUCUCAGGAAAACUCCCCAUCAACUGAAAGCUGAUUCCCAAGAGAAAUGGGCCUUUCACUGGUUUCCUUUUCCCUUGUUGCUAAGGAAUGAAAAUUGGAAUCCAAAACAUUAUCUGUCUUAUGUUUGACUUCGUUCACUUCUCUCCGAUCCAUAGCCUGUAAUUCACCCUGGUCACACACAGACGACUCAGUAGAGAACCCAUUAUCCCCCUUGUCCUCUGAGAAAUGCCCGGCAUCUUCCUGAGCCCCAACACUAACCGGCUGUUAGGAAUUGUGGGAGUUGAAGUCCAAAACACCUGGAGGGAGGGCCGAAGUUGACCCAUGCCUGUCCUAGGAGUACUUACAGAGGCCUAGAUGGAUUUUCUCGUUAUUUCCUCCGAUGGGGUUAGCUUCUGCCAGGGUCGCACUGGGGGUCCUGGGGGUCCUCUAGUGCGACUCUGUCUCCUACGGGAUGCUUCUCUGCCCGCCGUGCUGGAUGUUAACUCUUCUCUUUGGCGCCCCUCUCCUUGCGCCCAGGACGACCCCGGAGCCCCUCACAAGCUUCCGGCAUUGUCCCCCAUUCUGUAUUUUUGCAUUCCAUUUUUCCUAAUCUAUUCUUCACUCCCUCCUUGCUGAGACCUAAUCUGAUAUCUCAGGAAAACUCCCCAUCAACUGAAAGCUGAUUCCCAAGAGAAAUGGGCCUUUCACUGGUUUCCUUUUCCCUUGUUGCUAAGGAAUGAACAUUGGAAUCCAAAACAUUAUCUGUCUCAUGUUUGACUUCGUUCACUUCUCUCCGAUCCAUAGCCUGUAAUUCACCCUGGUCACACACAGACGCCUCAGUAGAGAACCCAUUAUCCCCCUUGUCCUCUGAGAAAUGCCCGGCAUCUUCCUGAGCCCCAACACUAACCGGCUGUUAGGAAUUGUGGGAGUUGAAGUCCAAAACACCUGGAGGGAGGGCCGAAGUUGACCCAUGCCUGUCCUAGGAGUACUUACAGAGGCCUAGAUGGAUUUUCUCGUUAUUUCCUCCGAUGGGGUUAGCUUCUGCCAGGGUCGCACUGGGGGUCCUGGGGGUCCUCUAGUGCGACUCUGUCUCCUACGGGAUGCUUCUCUGCCCGCCGUGCUGGGUGCUAACUCUUCUCUUUGGCGCCCCUCUCCU